UAACAUUACAGUCCUCACCCACAGACUAACCCAACCUCACACUCCUCAUUCGGGCGGAGCCCCGGUAUAAAUUCCUGCUCUGCUUCUUGACCAGCUCUUGCACGGCACAUUCAGUACAUUCUUUCAUCUUCAGGUGACGCUCUGCCUUUUAUCAACCACAGUCACAAUGCCGUCUGAUCUGGAGAGAGCGAUGGAGAUGCUGAUCACAGUGUUUCACCGUUAUGCGAGCAAAGAAGGUGGAAGUGCAUCAUUAAAUCGCAGGGAGCUCAAAAUGCUGAUGGAGGCAGAGUUGGGCACCUUUCUGAAGUCUCAGAAGGACCCUGCUACCGUAGACAGGAUUAUGAGGGAUUUGGAUAGUAAUGGUGAUGGAGAAGUGAAUUUUGAAGAGUUUGUGUCUCUUGUGGUGGGCCUGUCCAUUGCCUGCGAACAAAUAUACCGGUUACACAUGCAGUCAAAGGGUGUCAAAAAGCAGUAAAAGAUGACUGUUCUCUCAUUUUGUUAAUAGGUUUUGAUAAACGUUUUGAAACGAUUUGAGGUUGUUACAACAGUUACACUGUAUGUAUGUAAAGGAGGAUGGUUUUUCAGUUUUGUUAAGUGGUGUUCAGUUGUACUUUAAAUUCUUUGUAAGUAUUAGCAUUAGACACAAACAAAAUCAUCCACAGAAGUCCUGUAAGUUCCACCACAGAAAUAAACGUUUUGUUUAUAUACAA